UAUAAUCGUCUAAUUUCCCCCCAUUAAUUAUUAAGAAGUAGUAUGCAUGUGCACUCUUCUCUGUUGACCAAUGGAAAACCACAACGAUGAAUCGAUCAAUUUCGGGAGAUCACUGAUAGUACCAAGUGUUCAAGAACUUGCUAAGAAAUCCAUCACCAAGAUCCCACCUCGGUAUGUGCGCCAAGAUCAUAAUCAGAAACCCUUACUCACUUCAUCCGAUGACACCUCCAAUCUCUCUGUACCUGUCAUUGAUCUUCACACCUUAUUUGCAACCGAUUCUGGAUCUUCGACGUAUUCUUCUGAGCUCAGUAAGCUUCAUACAGCUGCUAAAGAAUGGGGUUUCUUCCAGGUUAUAAACCAUGGAGUAAGUGAGCCCUUAUUAGAGGAUUUUAAAAGGGAAGUCUUGAACUUCUUCAAGCUUCCAAUGGAAGAAAAACAGAAGCUCUGGCAGGAAGAAGACAAUCAUGAAGGUUUUGGUCAGCUUUUUGUUGUAUCAGAGGAGCAGAAGCUUGAUUGGUGUGACAUGUUUUACAUAACUACCCUUCCACGCAAUCUUAGACAAUUUCAACUAUUUCAAAAGUUACCUCCGGUUCUCAGAGAUAAGUUGGAAGCUUACUCUACGGAAAUAAAAAAGCUAGCAAUGGCUAUCUUAGGUCAAAUGGCUAAGGCUCUAGGGAUUGAUGGAGAAGAAAUGAGUGAAUUGUUUGAUGAUGGGGUUCAGUCGAUGAGAAUGAAUUACUAUCCCCUAUGUCCGGAACCGGAAUUGGCUUUGGGAUUCACUCCUCAUUCCGAUGCCGAUGCUUUAACGAUUCUCUAUCAAUUAACCGAAACAGAGGGACUUCAAGUUCGAAAAGAUGGAAAAUGGGUAUCUGUUAAACCUUUGCCAAAUGCUUUGGUAGUCAACAUUGGAGACAUAAUGGAGAUCAUAACUAAUGGCGUGUAUAAGAGCAUCGAGCAUCGAGCAAUAGUGCAUUCAAACAUUGAGAGAUUAUCAGUUGCCACAUUCUAUAGCUCGAGUAUGGGUACUGAAUUGGGGCCCGCAAGAAGUCUUGUUGUACAACAUAAUAUACCAAACUUCCGCCGAGUCCCUCUUGAGGAAUAUUUCAAGGGAUUUUUUGCUCGAAAGCUAGAUGGAAAGUCAUUCUUGGAUUAUAUGAAAGUUGAAGAAUUGAAGAAAAAUGUUACAUAGUUGAAUUAUAGGUUUGUUGUGUUUUCUGUUUUUAUUUCUUUUUGAAGUAUGAAGCUCCAUUAAAUGAGGCAAAAGGAUAUGGUUAUCAUGAAUGAACCUUUUACUUUGUUGAUUGUGAACACAUACAAAAGAUGUUU